CAAUCCACUGAGCUCCACCAAUAUCUGGAUACAAUCCACUGAGCUCCACCAAUAUCUGGAUGACAUCGAUCAUGUCAGGGCGAGCAACAAGUCGCCGAACCAAGGUCCGCGACUCCGUAACAACGACCGACAGGGGAGAUUACUACGCACUACACGACGCCAUCAACGACAAAAAACCCCACGAAGUUCACCGGCUGCUCGCUCAAGGAGCAGACGUCAACGCUUCGGACAGUAACGGUCAAACGCCGGUCAUCAGGGCCGUGAGUGCCGGCGACCGGCACAUCCUGUCCCUGUUGAUCGAGUACCAAGCUGACCUCGAUGCCCCGGAUAAGGUGUACGGGAUGACCCCGCUCAUGCAUGCAACCUACCACGGUAACGAUGAAAUGGUGAACUUCUUAUGCAUGCAAGGCGCUAACGUCAGUAUCAGGAACGCUAACAACGGGAAAUCGUUGCUACACUACGCGGUGGAAAACAGCGAUGUAACGACUUUAAAGAGGUUGAUGCAGUUUGUCAUUGAGCCUGAUGUAAACUGUGUUGACAACAAAGGCAUGAGUCCGCUGAUGUACGCGGCGAAAAUGGGAGAAUCUGAAAUGGCUGCGUUGCUGUGUCGCCACCACGCGAAGGUCAAUGUCUCCAACUGUCUCGACGGCAAGACCGCUUUACAUUACGCUGUAGAGGACGGGCACAAGAAGGUGGUCAAGGAACUUCUAAAAUACGACGCAUGCGUGAACAUUGUUGAUAAGAAGCAUAAAACUCCACUUGAGCUUUGUGACUCGGAGUCAGUUAGACGUAUCUUAAUCGACGCAGGCGCGUUCGAGUUUGUGUACGGCGCUUCGUGUUGCUGGAGCAACAGUAGGCGUGGUUCUGACGUCAGCACAUGGACGAGCGUCAGUCAACGGCCUGGGUCGGGGCAGAGUGACCAGAGGUCAAUGUUCAGGAGCCAGAGGUACCUGAUCAAAAGCUUGGAGAAGAUUGUUGAAAACGAGUCGACGUUGAACGAGCUCAGCAUCAAAUUGGAGUUUGAAGAAGAAUCGACUGUGGAGUUUGAUUGUGACACGAAGGUUGUCCACGAACCCCUCCCUGCCCCCAACCCGCCUGAGCUGACAAGGGAAGCAACCCCUGACGACCUGGUGAUCGACAGGGUUGGGUUCACGGAGUACCUGAAGCAAUGUGCCGAGCACUACCUGAACCACUGGACCGAUCCCAGGGCCCGCUACCAGCUGUGUGCUGAUGCUGACAGCGAGAGGAACGACGUACAGGAGACAUGUGACCUGCCCGGUGGAAUCAGGUUCAUCAACCACAUCACCCAACACAUCACCGUCCACAUCGGCCAGGCCACCUAUGUCCAAACGGGCGAGAAUGGUAGGAUCGUCAUCAAAGAUCGCGAGACGGACAGUGUUGUCAGUGACAGUGUUGUCAGUGACAACUUCAUCAGCAGGACAGACGCUAACGACCCUGAUGACGUCUAG